CGCAGCGGUCAGCUGGCAGUGCUCGCCAACCUGGGAGGGUCCCUGUUAUUCCACACAAUACACAGGCAUCGUCACUGACCCAGCGCUUUACUAGACAUACAAAUCAAAAUGCAUAUGAAGGCGAGCACUCGGACAGGGGGAAGCGGGAAAGCGUUUUAUUUCUUUCUUUUGUUGUCCAUGUUUUGAUUGCAUGGUUGAGCGGCAGGUGCGUUGUUAUAGAUCCGGGGACACGUUUCAUUGUUUUCUUUAGUUUUUUUUUUUUAAUCGUCAUUAAAAUGGACACAAACAGACUGAUUAGAAUGCGUCCCGCAUUAGAUUGAGUUUUGUUUGGGGUAAGACGAUACGGGUAGCAACGGGAAGCAUCUUGCAAAUCCAACGAAGGCAGCAUCCUGGUUAGGGCAGGGCUGGGAAUCUGGAGCUGCUGUCACCGCCCAUGCGUUCAUUCUAAAUAUAUUACAACUACUGCAUAUACGAAAUAAAUACGCGUGGCUUUAAGAUUUCGAAGAUUUUGUACAGGAAAAACCGUUGCCUCUCGUAAUUAUUCGAGCAAAAUAAAAUAUUUAAUCGAACUAUACUUGAUUACAAAAUUGUAUAAUAAAUCAUUUAAAAACAAAAACAAACAACAUAUUUCUAGUUCGUGUAUUUUCUCCUAGCUAGCCCAGGGUUUGUCUCCGCCUGUACUGUGGGAAGCAGCGCCACAAAAGCCAGCCAAGAUGAUAGAGAUUCAGAUAGACGAGGUGGUGUACCAGGAUGACUACGGCUCUGUGUCGGUGAUGUCGGAGCGAGUGUCGGGCCUGGCGAACAGCAUCUACCGCGAGUUCGAGCGGCUGAUCUGUUGCUAUGACGAGGAGGUGGUGAAGGAGCUCAUGCCGCUGGUGGUGAACGUGCUCGAGAACCUGGACUCGGUGCUGACGGAGAACCAGGAGCACGAGGUGGAGCUCGAGCUGCUGAAGGAGGACAACGAGCAGCUCCUCACACAGUACGAGAGGGAGAAGGCGCUGCGCAAGCAAGCGGAGGAGAAGUUCAUUGAGUUCGAGGAUGCCCUGGAGGUGGAGAAGAAGGACUUGCAGACCCAGGUGGAGGUGCUGGAGCUGCAGACCAGGCAGUUGGAACUCAAGACCAGGAACUAUGCUGACCAGAUGACCCGUCUGGAGGAGCGCGAGUCGGAGAUGAAGAAGGAUUACAACACCCUCCACCAGAGACACACCGAGAUGAUCCAGACGUAUGUGGAACACAUUGAGAGGUCCAAGAUGCAGGUUGGAACUAACAGCCAGACUGACGGAGUUGGCAGCGGAAGAACUCAGCGCCACAAGUGGAGGAUAAGCAGAACGGAGCGACCUUCAUCACUCAGCCUGUUCCCCAGCACAGAGGGCAUGGAUGAUGAGUCUGAAUCGGGCCAGUCCUCUGCAGCUGCUACUCCCAGCACAACCGGAAGCAAGUCCAACACACCCACCUCUUCUGUGCCCUCUGCCGCUGUCACGCCCAUGGAGACAGUCAACGGCUUUGACAUCACUCGCAACAACAAGAAGAAGGGAGGAGCCAACAGGCAGAGCAGGAACAUGGAGGUGCAGGUCUUUCCGGAUACCAAGAACGUCGGCAUAGGGAUGGGCAGCAGUGACGAAUGUGAUGUUCAGGAUAUCAUCGAUUCCACCCCAGAGCUUGACAUGGCCCCGGACCCCCGGCUUCAACGCACUGGAAGCAGCCCGACACAGGGGAUUGUAAACCAGGCUUUUGGUAUCAACACAGACUCGCUGUACCAUGAGAUCUUCACUGCCAGCUCAGGGGUUAUAGGGGAUGUGGAUGAGGGGGCCGACCUGCUUGGGAUGGGGAAAGAAGUGGAGAACCUUCUGAUAGAGAACACACAGCUUCUGGAGACCAAGAACGCCCUGAACAUCGUGAAGAAUGACCUGAUUGCAAAGGUGGAUGAGCUUUCAAGCGAGCAGGAGGUUCUGCGAGGGGAGCUGGAGGCUGUCAGACAGACCAAGAGCAAGGUGGAGGGCAGGAUCAAGGAGCUGGAGGAGGAGCUCCGACGGGUGAAGGCAGAAGCUCUGGGUGCUGAGAACAAGGAUGAAGGCGUGGAGGAUUACUCUUCUCCACUGCAGGAUGACGUGCCCAUGACCCAGCGGCGGCGCUUCACUCGGAUAGAGAUGGCUCGCGUGCUCAUGGAGAGGAACCAGUACAAAGAGAGGCUAAUGGAGCUGCAGGAGGCUGUGCGAUGGACUGAGAUGAUCAGGGCCUCUCGUGAAAACCCCCAAAUGCAAGAGAAGAAAAAGUCUACCAUCUGGCAAUUUUUCGCCCGUCUCUUCAGCUCUUCCUCCAGCCCGCCCCCUGCCAAGCGGCCCUACACUGCGGUCAAUAUCCACUACAAGUCCCCCACGCCAGCUGGAUUCUCCCAGCGCCGCAACCACACCAUGUGCCAGAUCUCCACCAUGGGCCGCACACUCCAGUUUUUCCCGGAGGAAUUGGGCAGUAACGGUGUUGCAUCUCUCCUCAGCGACUGCGCACUGUCGGCCCGGCGAGAGCAGCGGCGCGAGCAGUACCGUCAGGUCCGAGAGCACAUGCGCAGCGACGACGGGCUCAUGCAGGCGUGCGGCUGGAGCCUGCCCCCGCGCUUCAAACAGACAGGCCCACCGGCAGAGCAUCCGCAGGAGGGGCCGCAGAAGAAACGGCAGCUGAGCCCCAACGGAGGUCAAGAAGAUAACCGCAUGAAGAACGUGCCUGUGCCAGUGUACUGUCGCCCCCUAGUGGAGAAGGACCCGACCAGAAAGCUGUGGUGCGCUGCUGGAGUGGACCUGACUGGCUGGAGGCAUGUGGAGGAGAGUGUGGUCAACGGGCUGAAGACAUCUUCCAGCAGCUCCGACCCGCUGACCGGGGAGGGGGAGGGGGAGGAGAGCAGGAGCAACCACAGCUCUCCUGAGAAGAAGGUGGUGAAGGAAGGUCCCGAGACAGAUGCCCUGUCCAGUCGGGUGUGGAUCCUCACCAGCACACACUCCGCCAGCAAGGUGGUGAUCAUUGAUGCCAACCAGCCUGGCUCACUAGUGGAUCAGUUCAACGUGUGCAACGCCCAUGUGCUGUGCAUCUCCAGUGUGCCAGCGGCCAGCGACAGUGACUACCCGGCUGGAGAGAUCUUCCUGGACCAAGGUGAGGGCGGCUCGGAGGAGGCAGGCGGGGUGGAGGGCAUGCUGGCCGGGAUCACCCUGGUUGGCUGUGCCACCCGCUGCAGUGUCGUCCGCAGCAACUGCUCCUCGCGCACAGACACACCCGUACUGGACAAGGGCCUGGUAUCCUCUCCCCCUGUAGCUCCGAUCAGCAAUGGCAAACUGAACCCGUCCCAGUCUGCAGAGGAGGCUACUGAAGCCACGGAGGUGUCGGAGCCAGCAGCCAGCGAGACGGUGCCGGUGUCAGCACGGCCCGGUCCAUUCACAGAGCACAUCUUCACUGACCUGGAGUCAACCAGUUCAAGGGAGCACGCGCAGGACAGGGAGGCAGGGCAGACCAAGGAGGAGUCCAGCACAGCAACAUCACAAGAGCCAGAGGAGGCAGGGGAGGAGCCUGGUGCAGUCACAAGCUCCGCCCCCACCAUGUGGCUCGGGGCUCAGAACGGCUGGCUCUAUGUUCACUCUGCUGUGUCCAAUUGGAAGAAAUGCCUGCACUCAAUCAAGCUGAAGGACUCUGUUCUCAGCCUGGUACACGUGAAGGGCCGUGUGCUGGUGGCAUUAGCAGACGGGACAUUGGCUAUCUUCCACAGAGCUGAAGACAGACAGUGGGACCUCAGUAACUACCACCUGAUGGACCUGGGCAGGCCUCAUCACUCCAUCCGCUGCAUGGCCAUGGUCCACGACAGGGUGUGGUGCGGCUACAAGAACAAGAUCCACGUCAUCCAGCCCAAGACCAUGCAGAUUGAGAAAUCGUUCGACGCUCACCCGCGGCGGGAGAGCCAGGUCCGGCAGCUGGCGUGGAUCGGGGACGGGGUGUGGGUGUCGAUUCGCCUGGAUUCCACGCUGCGGCUCUACCACGCUCUCACGCACCAGCACCUGCAGGACGUGGACAUCGAGCCCUACGUCAGCAAGAUGCUGGGUACUGGAAAGCUGGGCUUCUCAUUUGUGCGAAUCACAGCGCUGCUGAUCGCAGGGAACCUGCUGUGGGUAGGGACAGGGAACGGAGUGGUGAUCUCUAUCCCUCUGACUGAGACUGUAGUCCUACACCGGGGACAGCUCCUGGGUCUGAGGGCCAAUAAGACAUCUCCUUCCUCCUCGGAGGGCGGCCGGUCGGGAGGAGUGAUCCACGUGUAUGCCCAUGACAGCACGGAGCGCACGGCCGGGAGCUUCAUCCCCUACUGCUCCAUGGCCCAGGCGCAGCUCUGCUUCCACGGGCACAGGGACGCUGUCAAGUUCUUCGUGUCAGUGCCAGGCAACGUGCUGGCCACCUUGAAUGGAAGUGUUCUCGACAGCCCAACAGAGGCCCCUGGCUCCACAGCACCCCCUGAAGCUGACUCCCAGCGCUUGCACAACGUCCUGGUACUGAGUGGAGGAGAGGGCUACAUUGACUUCCGCAUUGGCGAUGGCGAGGAUGAUGAGACAGAGGAGGGCUCCAGCGAGGCUCCGCAGGUCAAAUCCACCUUGUCCAAGGCAGAGCGCAGCCACAUCAUCGUCUGGCAGGUGUCCUAUGUGCCGGAGUGAGGACAGGCAGACAGACAGAACUGCACCCCCUCCCCCAAAACAGCACCCUGCAUCCUAUCCACUGAGAAACAACAGUAACCUGCUCCCACUGGAACCUCCCUGUGUCGUCUCCCCCCCGCCCCUCCAGCAUCCAGCUCCCCCAUGCUUCUGGUCUACAGGGGCUCGCCACGCACCUUGUAAAUAAGCUAAUGAAGUUAAGAGGAACUUAAUAAAUGCAAUGACAAACAACAUUGAGAGAGGUUUCCUGUCGAAACGUUUGCCAUUGAAUCUAUUAUCACUUAGCUGUGAAAUCUGCUGGAAAGAUGCAAAGAAAUCUGUCCACUUUAUUGAAUCCUGGCGGGAUUUGUGAUGCUGGGUGCCUGCUGGCUCCGAAUGUCUCUUUUGUUGGUGGAAUGGUCCAGUUUCGAGGCUGCUUCGUAGAGCUGUCUCUACCAAAUUAACUGUGGAGUGUCAAAAACGGUUAGAAAGCUGACCAUAUAAUUCCAGUAUAUGCUUUGCUUUCUAGGUCUCAGAAUCAUUUUGUACAUUUUAUAGUACUUGCAAGAAAGGCCACGGGGUGAAUGACUUUAGGCUGGUUUCACAGACCCUGAUUAGCACUGAUCUUGGAUUACUUUACCUAAAGUAACAUUCGAUAAUCCGAGAUUACUGCUAAUCAGUCUGUGAAACCAGCCCUUAGAGGGUCAUGUAUCAAGCGAUUGCAACAGCAUUAAGGCCAGAGCGCAGAGUAUUCGCCAGCCUUACAAUUGCCCCGUAUGUAUCAUGACACUUCUGGCAAGUUACUGCCGUGUUAGCACCGCCAAAAUGCGCUGCGCCAUGCAAUGCGCUCCGCCGCUCAUUAGCCAUGCAUUUUAAGGCUUGUCAAGCCCUAAUUAUAUGCAUGGACAAAUUGUAGGUGGAGCUCAUUUGUAAAUUGUUGUGAUAUUAAAAUGAGAUUUAUGAAGCUGCAGAACAGCUGCACCGGCCCUAAAAGGGCGCAAAGAAAAAGUCAGAAAGCAGCUGAUAGGAAAGAGCAUUAUGGCAGCAGUCAUAGCGUAUUUCUUAUGAUGGAGGAUGCAGGCUCCUAACCUUCCUGAACAACCCAGGAACAGAGGGAGAGUAUUUAGGGUCCCCAUUACCAUUUUUGAUCUCCCUGAGAAUGAAAUUAUAGCUCGAUACCGGCUAUUUCAUUAUGUAUAAUUGUUUGUGUUUGUCGUAUAAUAAACUUGGUUCAUUAAGUUGUCCUUUUCAUUAUGUAUAUUUGGUAUUAUCCGUCGUAUAAUAAUAAUGUAAAGUCAAGACUGUUAGUCAACACGGGGCAUUUCGGCUUCUUCAGAUGAGCUACCUGGGUUUUAGUGGGUGAAAACCUGUGCAUUUUAUUUCAAACACAGGUUAGCCCAUUUUUAACUGUCAUUUCUAUCACUCCAAAUGGCCUACCUAUUGUUCAAUUGAGGUAGCCCAUUUGGAGGGGAGGCGCUAUUUUUCAGAUUAGUCUGUUAAUCUUUGCUAUCGGUAGGCCAUUUUGAGCACCGGAACAGCGCAUUUAAGCAUUUAAAUGUGUCAGCUUACACCGUGCCUCAUUAAUUUUGGGCCAGUUAAUACAUUCAGGAUGAGGUAAAAUUUGUGCCAUGGCAGAGCGCUACUUUACACUGACAAUUUGGUGCUGCAUCGGUCAAUCUUGAUACAUGUCCCCCUUUAGUGUUUUCAAUGUCUCUGCGUUUAAGUGCAGGACUGAAAAUGUACAAAAUUGUUUUUUUUAUUUAUUAUUAAUUCCUGAGAAAAUAAAAAACACCUUACCCGAAAAUCCAUACAAAUUGAUGGUAAUUUAAAUGUAAGAUUGACUGGAUUAUUUUGUUAGCUGUACCAGGGGGUACCUUUGAAAGACAACACAGCAGCCAAAGCCAGCCACAAUCCUAACAACUGUAUAUAUUGUAUUAUUAUUUUAAAGUAUUUAUUUAUUGUUUUUAAAGAGUAUUAACAACUGAGUCGAUACCAAACCUCAAAACAAUAGUCAAGCAAACCAAAUAUAGGAAAUGACAGGAAACCACAAUUCAAAAGAGUAGGAGAGAGCACAGGGUUCAGAAGUGAAGAUAGGAAAACAUAAAUACUGAAACUCCAAUGACAAACAACUCAACUGUCUCUCUCAACAUAAUUUUCUUUUAGUACUUCUAAAUCCAGCAGUAUUGAGUGUUUAAUGGAUGAGAAGACUGCACUGGCCCUGUAGGGCAGGACAGCCUCCAUGCUGUGUAAGAUUCUUGAUCCAGAGCUCAGGAUGACUUGCUUCCAGACAUCUAGCCAAUAGGAGCUGCAGCUCAGACAGAGAAUAUCUGCACCCGUCAAAGAGAGCAGCAGUCUUGGCAUGGGUCCACAAUGGGACUCUGUAUACUUACUAAUGGUAAAAAAAUAUAUAGUGUGUUGGCAGAAAAUCACUUCAGAACCCUUUGCAUCAUCUCUGGGAAAAGCAUUGAGGGCUCCUAGAAUGAGCCGAAACUGCAAGGACUGUUUAAUGGAAUCAGGAUUUGUAUGGCUUCCUGGGAUUUCAACAGCUGAUUGCAUCAUGGCAUUUCUUAAUUAGCAAGCUGUAGUGAUGUUGCUCCGGUCCCUUGGCUGGUACAACAUUCAUUGAGUUGAGGGCAAGGUUUUCUUUACUGCACUAGUUAGAAUCCAGACCCCAGAUACACUACAAUAACUCAUUACCCCUCACACAGUCUGUUACAAACUGCAGAUCAGCUACGUGCUGUCCCGCUGUGACCAGCAGCAAGGGGAACGCUGGCAGUCUCAGUCCGUGCUGCCCCGCUGUUCCCAGCAGCAAGGGUAACGCUGGCAGUCUCAGUCCGUGCUGCCCCGCUGUGACCAGCAGCAAGGGUAACACUGGCAGUCUCAGUCCGUGCUGCCCCGCUGUGCCCAGCAGCAAGGGUAACGCUGGCAGUCUCAGUCCGUGCUGCCCCGCUGUUCCCAGCAGCAAGGGUAACGCUGGCAGUCUCAGUCCGUGCUGCCCCGCUGUGCCCAGCAGCAAGGGUAACGCUGGCAGUCUCAGUCCGUGCUGCCCCGCUGUGCCCAGCAGCAAGGGGAACGCUGGCUGUCUCAGUCCGUGCUGUCCCGCUGUGACCAGCAGCAAGGGUAACGCUGGCAGUCUCAGUCCGUGCUGCCCCGCUGUGCCCAGCAGCAAGGGGAACGCUGGCUGUCUCAGUCCGUGCUGUCCCGCUGUGACCAGCAGCAAGGGGAACGCUGGCUGUCUCAGUCCGUGCUGUCCCGCUGUGACCAGCAGCAAGGGGAACGCUGGCAGUCUCAGUCCAUGCUGCCCUGCUGUGCCCAGCAGCAAGGGUAACGCUGGCAGUCUCAGUCCGUGCUGCCCCGCUGUGACCAGCAGCAAGGGGAACGCUGGCAGUCUCAGUCCGUGCUGCCCCGCUGUGACCAGCAGCAAGGCCAGGGGAGCGCUGGCCGGCUCUAUCGCUCCGCUAUUUUAUGUGUGUAAACCACCUUGUUUGUUGUGUCCCAGAGGCCUGUACACUUGCUGCUUGGUAUCCUGAUGUACGAAGAGGCCUCUUGUAAAGACUGCUGUAAGAUUAUCACCCCGCUUCCUUCCCUGUGCUAUGUAAUACACUCAUUAAACAUGGAACUUUAUCUGUAUGUAAUAAACAUAUUUGUGUUAUGAAA